CCCAAACCCACACUGAUCAGAAAGCACGACCAAGGACCAGAAGCCAGACCGCAGCUGCAACAUUAGCCAUUUCAAACCCCUCCAAUCCAUACAUGCAGCAGACUGACACCCACUAUGAAGAUGUAGCACGACCACGAACACGAAGCCAAACAGCAGCAGUGCAGCUCACCAGCUCAAAUCCCCCUGCAACUCAGACUAAUCUGAGCACAACCAAGCCCCCACCCAAACAGGACAUACCCCCACCCAAUCAGAGCACAAAAAAAACCCCAUCCAAUCAGAGCACAGCCAAGCUCCCACCCAAUCAGUUCAAACCCCCACUAGCAGUUAAAAAGGAAGAAACAGCUGCAAUCACACAUUGCUCCCAGAAGCACGAAGCUGAAGCCUGAAGAUGACGAAUGAGACUUCGUUGAAACGUCGCCAAGACACUUCCAAUUUUACGCGGGAGAAAACCCGAAUAACCAAAGACCUACAUAUAUAUAUAUAUAUAUAUGAAGAAAAAAAACAAUAGGACAGGAACAGUAGGCACGUUUGUGCUCUUAUGCACGCCCCUUAUGGUCAUCAUCAUCAUCAUCACCUCUGAGCUGAAGAAGCUUCUUGGACAAGAAACGAAACACAUGUUCAAAUAAAAAACAGAAGUCUGAACAAGUCCAGUUGCCCCUUACUUUUGGGUACUAGAAUGAUAAAAGAUAUCUGGAAUCAGGCUCAUGGUGUGCCUUGUCACUUGUGAUUCAACAAGUUACUGAAGCACUAAAAUCUCUUCAACCUUUGCAUUCACUAUUUUUUCUUUUUGACUUACCACUGGUGUUAAAAUCUCAUAGAACAUAGAAUAACAGAGUUGAAAGUGACUUUGGGGGUCAUCUAGUCCAGCCCCCUGCUCAAGCAGAAGUCCCUAUACAAUUUCAGAAAAGUGGCUGCCCAAUCUUUUCUUGAACGCCUCCAAUGUUGGAGCACCCACAACUUCUGGAGGGAAGUCGUUACAUUGGUUAAUUGUUCUCACUGUUAGGAAGUUUUUCCUUAGUUCUAGGUUGCUUCUCUCCUUGAUUAGUUUCCACCCAUAGAAGUUUUUUUUUUUUUAAUUUUUAUUUUGUCACAACAGUAUACACAAACAUCGUCAUAAAUAAAAACAACACAUCAUGAAAGAAAAAAAAAUAUAUAAGUAAAAGUAUGAUUGACAAUUUUGGCAAAUUUGCUCUAUUUGACCACAUAGUUGACUGGUGUUUAUUGGGAGAGAGUGAUAUAAAAUGGACCCAGUUGCCUUGGGUUUCAAAUGUAAAUGGUUUGUACUUAAGAGUCUAGAUUAGAAAAAGAUAGUCACAUCAAUUCAUUGCUUGUGAUAGAUAAAAUCCUAGUGGGUCAGAAAGGGGGAAUGGUUACACAAUUUGGAUGAAUUUAUUCCUCUGAGAGGGGAAAAAUAGGGGAUCUAAAGUAGAAAAAAGAGGAGAUCCAAUUGGCAAGUAGAUGAGAUAGGUUUGGAGAUUAGUUUAUAGAGAUGAAAGAGGAUAAAUUUAUUUUAACCAUGCCACUUUUUUAGACCAGAGUUACUUACAGAGAAUGAUGAAAUAACAAAAAGAUAUUUAAAAAUAUAACACUCCCAAUUGUUAAGUCCAAACCUGCAGGUCCUUAAGUGGAAGAGGUCCAGGUUAAGAAAUGCAGGGAGGCAUUGGGGGUGACGGAAGCCCCCACCCCCCUAGGUUGUAUGUAAGUCAUGGGUUGUGUUUCAGGGAACACCAUUCCUGCCUCUGAUCAAAAAUCCAAAGUCUUUAGAUUUAGUGCUUUCACAUUAGAAUUCAAUUAACAUAAACCAUUGAAAAUUCCAAGAUAGUGAUCUGAGGAAUUGUGUCCAAUUUUAUUUUGGCUAUUACUGUAUGGCAUUUCAUCUUUAAACAUAGUCACUUUAGAUUUAUCAUAAUUAUCUGCUAUUCUAUAAUCUCUCUGAGUUUAAGUAAACAAAACCGUAUCUUCUGCAUAAGGCUCUUUUCUCAUAUAGACAGAGGAAAGAAAUACAGUUCACUUAGUUCAUAUACCAAAUCAUUAAUAAAGUAAUUAAAAAAGGAAAAAGGUACAAAACCCAAGCUUGCUUUGUCUUUAUUUUGAUUCACAAUUGUUUUAAAGAGGGUACCAUGAAGAGGAAGGCCCACCUAAAUACAGAAAAUGAAAAUCAAUGAUCCCAUCUUGUCAAAAAACUCCAAAGAAUUUUGAAUAUGGAUGUAACAAUGAAAAAAGAUGACCUUGUGAGGAUUAUUACAUUUACACCACCAUUGUAUAAGCAACGUUACCAUUUUAUUAAGCAGUUGGUGGAUAAGCAUAAACCCAAAAAGGUAGCAGAUUUGGGAUGUGCUGAUUGUAGACUACUCUGGAUGCUGAAAUUCUGCAAUUGUAUUGAAGAACUUGUUGGGCUAGAUAUCAGUGAAGAGGCAAUGAAAGAAAACAUGUAUAUGUUGUCUCCCCUUCCUAGUGACUAUCUUCAGCCAAGUGAAAGACAGCUGACAGUCACCCUUCUUCAGGGUUCGGUUGCUCACAAAGAUCCUUGUAUGCUGGGCUUUGAUAUGGUAACCUGCAUUGAACUGAUAGAACACCUAGAGGCAAAAGAGCUUGAGAAAUUUCCAGAAGUAGUAUUUGGUUUCAUGUCUCCUGCCAUGAUUGUAAUUAGCACACCAAACUCAGAAUUCAAUUAUUUACUUCCAAUUGUAUCAUUAUUUAGACAUCCAGAUCAUAAGUUUGAAUGGAAUCGAACACAAUUUCAGAACUGGGCUGUAGAUGUUGCCACUCGUUAUGAUUACACAGUAGAGUUUACUGGAGUAGGAGAACCACCUCAUGGGAAGGAUGUUGGAUUUUGCACACAAAUUGGAGUUUUUGUAAGAAAAAAACUAAGAAAUGUCGAGCCUGACAGAUCUGAAGAAUAUCAGAGAAGAGUUUAUAAAACGGUUUUCAAAGUCAUAUAUCCAAGCCUUAAAGAUGAAAAGUAUUUGCAGAAUGCAGUGGUCAAUGAAGUUUUUCGAGCAGCAGAGAUAAUUGCAAGGAAACAACUGGACUAUAGAAAAUCUGAAUGUAAAAAGCACUGCGACACUCUUAUUGGAACAGAAUCCCAAUUUCAGCAAUCUUGUUUCCAGAUGUAUUUGGACGAUUUUCCUUUCUCUGAAGCUGAUAGUAAAAUUAUGCAGCCAAUGGGUAGGGGAAAUGUUAUCUAUGUACCUCUUGCAAAAAUCUUUUCUUUUUCCAAAGUGAAUCAACUUUGUGGUACCUUUGAAAAACUCAGUAAGCUCAUAACUGGCAAAAUUACACUAAGCCAUGAUGGUUCUGCAGUGAUGAUUGAGAUGGAAUAUGAAGAUGAACAACAGGAUAAUGAUCAGAAUUAAAAAGAACUGUUCCUGUCAUGAACAGAACAGUAUAGUAAUUGAAAUACUAGUAAUUGCUGGUUUAAAAUUGGACUUAAAUACUGUAAUCAGAUGUGACAUUUUCACAUUAAAUUGGAUUAUAGAUGGUCGAGUAAUUUCUUAGUGUCCAAGAGUGGCACUUGGUUUUGUUUUUCACCUGAAGAAGGUAGCUUAUUGAGGCCGUUGCCCACAAAGUGGAUAAGGUAAUGAUAUAUUAUAUAGUACUUAAGUGGGGGGAUCCUCCUUUAAAAGUGUAACAAAAAAUAAAAAAUUCAAACCCAAGUAAACAAUACAACUUUUCAAAUAAUUGGAAGUAGAGUGAAAGUGAAGUUUACUCAUCUGUGUGUUUUACUACAUAACUCUGAAUAAGGAUGCAUGUGAAAAGAUGUCAGUCUAAUCACAAAGCAAAAAAAAUUAUUGAAACAAAAGUUUUAAAAAUGAUUUUUCUAAUUUUAAUACUGGAAAAAGUAAAAUUUAAGGAGUUUUGUACUAAAAUAUAGAGAUUGCUGUACAAAAGAUAAUUAGUAUAUACUAGAUAAAAUGAAGUAUUUGCUAGUAAUACUAAAAUAUGGUAAACAUUAAGUACUUAAUAAAUCCCCUGUAAUCAUG